AUGGAUCUCAACUUCCUGAAUAUGAGGCCCGUCACAACUCCAGUUCAGCAUCGCCAUGUUGCGGGCCUUGGCAAUGUCACUCUCUUGGUGAUAUGGUCCUGCGCAUUUGCUUUCAAGUUGCUCCUCAUGCCUACCCUUAAGGAUGAAGAGGUCAUUACGGCAAUUGCCACCGCGCCUUCUUCUACCGUUCGCAGUGUCUUGCGUGCACUCUGUGCCAAUAACGACAACAAGCGGCUGAUAGGCAAGAUGCUCUCAGAGCUUCCGGUUACCUACGAGCAGGUGGAACAGAACAUCACCAAGAAACGGAAAGCGGUGCACCAGGAAAUCUGCGUUCAGUGA